AUGGAUUCGCCGUGCGCCGUUUCCGCCCAACCGGAAUCCGUUCCGACGGAACCCACGCAGUGGGACCACCAAGCUUCGCUUCCGCCCGAGGUUUGGGAGUUGAUUUUCCUAAAUCUGGACGCUGCCACGUUGGCCCGGGUUCGGCUGACGUGCGUGCGCUGGCGUGACAUCGUGGAUCUGUCUUCGGGCCUGGCGGAACGCUUCGAGCUGACCUUUCCGAAGAACAUCUGGAUGGAUGGUCGUUACGAGCCGGAGAAUCUGUUCCGUGCGGCGCGGAACGCACAGUUGGAGGACUGCACGAUCGUGACGGUGGACCAUUGGUGGCCGGCGCUGGCCCGUCGGUUGGUCCGGCUGGAGCUGGUCAAUUGCACGCUGCCGUUUCCGGUGCUGAUGGGGAUGCUUCGGGAGGCGCCGAACCUGCGCCAGCUGCACCUGGACGUGAAUAUGCCCGGGGAGGGGGGCGAUCUCGGGUGGUCCUUCGAUGACACGCUGACGGACUUUGUACUUCCGAGGCUGGGGCAGCUGAAGGCGUCGUUCGCGAAUCGCCAGCUGGGCCGAAUCUGUCCCAAUUUGAAGCUUUUUGGCCAGCUCGAGCCGGACAACGCGCUGUUUGACGACUUCGGGGACAUGGACCAGUUUGUGGCGGAAACGCAGGGCUCGCUGCUCGGGCUGGUUUUUGCGCUGACGCCGAAGCUGGUGGAGGCGAUGCGUCGGAUGGACCGACUGCGGCUGCACCGGGUUCAAAUCCAGAACCAGUGCGAGCCUUGGUUGGUGGUCCAGUUGACGCAGUUUCAGCGGGACCUUGUGGAGAUUGAGGCGACGGAAGCGGUGCUGACCAGGGAGGACCUGUGCCAGAUUGGUCGAAAUGUGCCGAAUCUGAUGUCGCUGUCCGUGACGGUGAGGCCAACGGAAGAGGAGGAGGACGGCGUGGGAUCGCCCAGCUACCUGCACUUCAUGCCCUCGCUGGAGAUCCUGACGGUGCACCACGCGGAGCGGCUCACCCGGAUCGACUUUGGCCGGUUGGCCAACCCGCGGCUGAGGCACAUCAGUCUGAACGACACCCGCGAUUGCGUCCGGCUGAAGGAGUACCUGGGCAGGUGCGGCGCCUUGCAACGGUUGGACAUGCACGCCUGCCGGCUGGACAGUUGGGCGGAAGUGUUCGGCGCGGUUCAGCAGGCUCCGGCGUUGCUGUUUCUGCACCUGAGCUGCAUCCGGGUCGAGAGUGGAUUGGAUUGCCUGACGGAACGGGUCGGGCAGCUGCAGUAUCUGACGCUGAGGGCGUGCGACGUGAGCAAGGGCAUGCUGCUGCACCUGAUUGCGGUGUGCCCCGGGUUGAGGCAGGUCCAGCUGGGCCUGAUGGUGACCGUGGACGAUGCCGUCGUGUUGGCGCUCUGCCUUGGGCUGCCCCGGCUGGCGCUGCUGAUCGUGUUCCGGUGUCCCGUUACGGACGAAUCCGUGGGCAGUUUGGUGCGGUUUGGCGGGGACGCGCUGCAGCACGUGGCCAUCGUCGACUGCGAGCGGGUGACGGCGGGCGCGAUCGCCAAGCUGGGCGAACGGUUCCGGGUGCUGUACGGGGCGUGA